AUGGAAUUAUCAACAAAGAUAAUUAAUUUGUCAGAGUUAGACUCCAUAAUGUAUGUUAGACUUGCAAACAUAAGUGAUUUGGUUGCAUCUGAGGGCAAGUAUCACCUUAGUUGUUGGGUACAAUUUCAAAGAAAAGUCGACAAGAUCAAAGAAUUUGCUUGUAUGGAUAAUGGGAAACAAAAGUCACAACACUGUUUUUAUAGGUUAUGUAGUGAUUUGAUUGGUGGGCUUGAGUCUGGCCAUAUAUAUGACAUGGGAAAUGUAUGGGUAUUUUAUGAAGAAAUGUGUGAGAGAGAUGGUAUUAAUGUUCCACAACGAUAUGUCACUCGGAGAGCUUCAUUUUAUGAUGAUAUUAAGAAAAUUUUAGGGAGUAAAGCUUCAUUUGUUCGACCAAUCAAUCCAACAGGUCACCUAUUGCUUUACCCAAGCCAUAGUUCUAAUAUUGUCAUAGCUGAACAUCUGUCUAAUAUUGUUCAUGAUAAGACAGAUGAAGCAGAUGUGGUAGUUUCCCCUGUACAAAGUAGCCAACUACAGAAUUUGGUCCACACAGCAUUACAUAUUAGAAGAGAAUUAGAACAAAUGCCAGGCCAUAAUGGUGGGUGGGGUGGGAUCAAUGAAGAUCAUGUUAACAGAAUAAUCCCUGAUAGCUUGUCCUUUUUUCUUCAAAUCUUGUUGGGAGGUACAAAUGUUCUUGAAGAAUUGCCAUGUGAAUCUAAGAUACAUAAAUCAGCCAACAAUAUUGCACAAGAUAUAAUUUAUGCAGUUUCUAAAGGGAGUAAGUUGACCCCUAAACAUGUUGGCCUUGGGCUUACCCUUCACCAAGCAACAAGAUCUGAAAAACUUGUUAGGCUAUUUCAUGCUGCUGGGCAUACAAUUGGUAUAGACACAAUUCGAAGAUUUGAUACAAGCAUAGCUACAGAUAUAUUGAAUCGCUAUGAGGAAAAUGAUAAUGUAUAUAUAUACCUUAUGAGAUUGCACCAUACACCACUGGGAGGGUUGUUCUUGCCUCAUGUGAUAAUAUAGAUGUUCUAGAAGAAACCAUUGAUGGGAAAAAUACUUUUCACUGUACCCAAAUGAUGCUUUGGCAGAGAGGACCAGUUAGAGAAAGACCUGUCACUGGAGGGGCAAUAGGUAGGGCAAGAACAGUGACUCCUGGCUGCUUGGAACAAUUCCACAAAUUAGACCAUGCAUAUAUGCCUGUGGGGGAGAGGCCAAAUCCUGUGUUUGAUGAGUAUACUGAUUUUGGUUGUGAUGAAUGGUUUGCAACAAAUGAAGAAAAGAAUGAAUCAGAUUUGAAGAAUCUUACAUGGAUACUUACACAGAUGUUAGCUGACGAGAAGAUUAUCCCUGGUUGGGCAGCAUUUAAUGAAGCAACAUGUGUAAUUGAUCCUCCCUUGACCACACCUGGGAUGUUACCAAUUCUCCAAGCACCUGCAGAUGAAAACAAUACUGUGACAACUGUAAUUAAUCAUUUUAUGUCUAUAAGUGAAAAGCUUGGUCAACCAUUUACAAUCAUCACAGCAGAUCAACCACUCUAUAGCAGAGGUAAGGGAUUAAUUUGGGCAAACUAUGAGAAAUAUGGAAAUGUUGUUCUUAUCAUGGGUCAUUUGCACAUACUAUUUAAUUUUCUGAAGGCUAUUGGACAGCAUAUGGAAAAUGCUGGUCUUGUAGACGUCUGGGUAGAAUCUGGGCUAUUUGCAUGCAAUAGUACAGAUCAAAUGAUGGAAGGUAAGUCUUACUAUAGAGCAGUCAAGGGGCACACUUUGGCAUAUGAAGCAUUAAACCGUAUUUACUGGAAUUAUUUUGUGAAGUGGGUGGGUAAACAAGCGCACUUAAAGACACCAGAGCUGAGGAUAAAAAUUGGCGAGAUUGUUCAAGAAUUUAGUAAAGGUGACAUGGAUAGUAAGGUUGAAAAGGUAAGUUCUUUAGUUGAGUUAUUAAAUGAUACUGCUAUACUAGAGUUAAUGAAGGAAUAG